CCAUUGGGAAAGGGGGUGGCUGGGCGGGGUCUCUGCCCUUCCCUGGGCAGUGGGGUGUCUGACUGCACUUUGAACCCUGGAGGGAGGCUUGGCGGAGGCUACUGGCUCUCUACCCACCCCUGGCGCUCGAGUGGAGACGGAACUGGCUCUACAGCACCUCUCGCCGUGUUCCCUGUGGCAUAGAGGGUGGGAGUCUGUGGAGCAGGAUGAGGCACCUGCUCUGGGCUGGCUGCUUCCAGCUGCUGCCCUGGCGAGCUGGGCCCUGCACCCGCAAGCUGGCUGUGACCACUGCAGUGGCUCCCUCGCACUGCGGCCCGUGGCUCCUGACUCCCUCCAGUGUGUCCAGGGGGUUCCUCCAGCCCCUGAUCCAGGGGAGUAGGGCCCCUUGCCGCUGGGGCUCCCAGUUCAACGUGCCCCCCAGCGCCCUGCUCGUGGCCCGGCCCGUGGGGGUCUGCUCCAUGAUGAGACUCCCCGUGCAGGCGUCAGCACAGGGAUUGGACGCGGCAUUUGUCGGUGUCCCGCUGGAUACGGGAACAUCCAACCGGCCGGGAGCCAGGUUCGGCCCUCGUCAGAUCCGCGCGGAGUCGGCCAUGGUGAGGAGGUACAACGGCAGCACCGGGGCAGCGCCUUUCGACUCCCUGCGGGUCGCUGACAUCGGGGACGUGAAUGUGAACCUCUACAACCUGCCCGACAGCUGCCGCCUCAUCCGAGAGGCCUACCGGGAGAUCGUGGCCUCUGGCUGUGUGCCCCUCACCUUGGGUGGAGAUCACACCAUAACCUACCCAAUCCUGCAGGCCCUGGCAGCAAAACACGGUCCCGUGGGGCUGGUGCACGUGGACGCUCACACGGACACCGGGGACACGGCCCUGGGGGAGAAGAUCUACCACGGGACCCCGUUCCGGCGCUGCGUGGAGGAAGGGCUGCUGGACUGCAGCCGCGUGGUGCAGAUCGGCAUCCGAGGCUCCUCCUACGACCCCGACGCACACGAGUACAGCCGGCAGCAGGGUUUCCGGGUUGUCCCAGCUGAGGAGUGCUGGAUGAAGUCCCUGGAGCCCCUGAUGGGGGAGGUGAGGGCACAGAUGGGGGACAGGCCCGUGUACAUCAGCUUCGACAUCGAUGGAUUAGACCCCGCGUAUGCCCCUGGCACCGGGACCCCGGAGAUAGCUGGGCUCACACCUGCACAGGCUUUGGAGAUUAUUCGUGGCUGCAAAGGCCUGAACAUAGUGGGGUGUGACCUCGUGGAAGUCGCACCCAUGUAUGACGUCUCUGGUAACACAGCCCUCCUGGGGGCAAACCUGCUGUUUGAGAUGCUGUGUGUUCUCCCAGGAGUGAGGACACUGUGAAGGCAGUUCCUGCCUGCUCCAGGACAACGCUGCUCCAUGUCUCCAGCCAGGCUUUCCAUGUCCCCUUCCCCUCAUCCAGCUGCAGCCAAUGUAGGCUUUGCAGCACGGAAUAAAUGCCAUUUUCCAC